AUGGCCACUGCCGACGAGGAUCAGGCCGCUGUGCCCUCCGAUGCCGCCGACGGCACGUCCUAUGCUUUUGUCUACGGUACUCUAAUGGCACCUGAGGUCUUCUUCACCGUCUGCUUCCGCCUCGCCCAACCGCCACCGGCUCUCGUCCGCGAGUAUGUGUUUCGCAACGCUGUCCUUCCCGGCUACACCCGCCAUCGUGUUCGGUACCAGGAGUACCCGGGCAUCGUGCCGGACGACGCAGAGGGCGCCAGUGUCCGCGGUAUUCUCAUUGGCGGCGUCACGCCGGCCAACCAGCACCACCUCGACGUAUUUGAAGGCUCCGAGUACGAGCGCCGGACGGUCGAUGUUGUCUUGGACGAGGACACCAGUAAUGGUCAGACGACCGAAACGACCGAAAAGACCAAAAAUACGAAGCAGAAGAAAACAGUCAAAGCGCAGGUGUACGUGUACAAGUACCCCGACGGGCUCGAGCGCCGCGAGUGGGAUUUUGACGAGUUUCGUCGCGAGAAAAUGCACAAAUGGGCGCGGGCCGACUACACUUUUGAAGGUGCGUCCAUGUCAGCUGCCUUGAAGGCCAUAAAUGCCGGACGGGCCUCAAUUAGUUUUAUAUACGCCGUACUCUGGACUCGCCUUGAAAUAGUGACCAAACAACUGUUUGCUGACAUCGACAGGGUGCGAUCCAAACGAUCCGGCCACCGUGGCGGCUUAGGAAGCACGACAUGGCUCCAAAGACAAAGCAUGGUUUGA